AUGGAAUCAACAAACGCAGAAGAGUCUAAAAAAGAUGAAAAAAUUGAUAAAAUUAUAUCAAUAGUUCCAGCAAUCAUAGGAUUGUUAUUGUUGAUUUUCAUUUUUUAUGUGGUUUGGCAGCAUUGUAUCAGAAGAAGAAGAAUCAAUAUAUUGGAUUCCGAUUUAGAGGUCGGAAAGAAAUAUGUAAAAGAUGAUUUGGAUACGUUGUCAGAGAGUGGCUAUGAAAAGAAAAAAUCUUAUCAACCAAUACAAUUCUACUUUGGAGUACCGAUUUCCAUAUACAUCGCCAGAGAUACCGAAGCAUUCUUCCCAGAGUUUAGAGAGAUCAUUGCACAGGUAUUUCCAGAUGCAUCGGUGAUCUGCGCAGAACCACCGCUCUCUCACGCUCUCAAUGAAAUCGGUGUCAUUCUCUAUCCGGUGUUUGUAUCGGGUGCCAGAGUCAAUGCGUCGGAUUACGAGUAUGAACUCACUCAGUUGGAAUCAAAGUAUGGCAACCGCUAUGAAAUCAUUUUCACGUGUUUGACGUACGGCGCCAACUCAAACAUCAAAGGUCUGCACCGAGUGAUACACGACCGCUUCAAAGCAAUCAGUCUUGCAUAUUCCAGUAGUAGAGAUCUUUGUUUUACAAAUACCAAUGAGAAUUCGCUGAACCUACUCAAAGAAACAUUUGAGAAUGAAAUUUCAAGAUACAAUUGUAGACAAAACAUAAAUAUAUAA